CGUGCUGCUGUUGGUGUGCUUCGUUACGUUUGCUGGAACUUUUUUUCUCAUCCCCAUUUCAGCGCGCGUGUGUGUGUGUGUGUGCGAGUGAGGAUUCGAUUUAUUAAAUGCUUACCUUUUGGCUUGAAAAAGUGCAUCGGUCGGUGUUGUGGGGCCGCUGCGCAAAGAUGAUGAAUCGUUCUAAAGCGAUCGCCAAGCGUCCGAAACUGGAUUUACCAAACCGCCAAACAGCCGACCCUCGACUACCUUGCCACCCCGCCGACCCUCUGCCAACUCCAAGGUGUGCGUUGUUUUUCGACGCUGUUUGAAGCACCGUUUUGAUUUCGAGAAGAUGUGUUUAAAGCGCUGGCAGGAUCAUCUCGCGCGAAAUGCUCGAAACAGAUCCUUUGACUUUUGGAGGUCCGGUUUUUGCUGCCUGUCCGAACGCCAGCAAAACAAACGCUGGCCCGUUUUGUGCCCGCUUCUGGCUGCACUGGCCAGCCGGCGAUAGUCGCUGCCACUUCUAUCUAUCAAUAACCACUCCUAAUAACAGCAAUAAGGGCGCCGAAUGCCUGCGGGCGACUGCACAAACGCAGCCACCACUGGUUGAUGCGUGCACGAGAUGGACGAGCUGGGCUGCGACGGCCUCGCCAACGGGAACACUAAUUUCAACCUACUGAAAAAUCAGUCGAACUGCUUCCGUGGAGGAUUAUUAGCCACAGGCUCCUUGAGCUCCACAGAUUAUCUCUAGACGCGCUGCAGGACGAACGUGAAUUUGGCAAAGCAAAUUUGAGUUUCCCAAAGCAGCACACACAAAAAAACACUCUAGACAUGUCGCUGGUGAAGCUACGGACCGUUUUCUCAAUGAAAUGGCCCUCGUUCGCACCUGAGACCACAAGCGAAUGGGCAAAAGGAGCACAUUUUACAAUGCAAAUCGUUGUCUGCCCUGAAACGCACCCAUGAAUGAAUGGAUUAGCGUGACCGGAGCUACUAUUCGUUUGCGCUAUAGCAGUCCGUUCCAAAUUAUCCCUAAAUGAAGCGACCGCUUCCGGUGGUGUUCGCUAACGGUACGGACCAGUAUGUGCAAACCCUUAAAGCAACCCCUUAAAGCCUGGACAAAGGUAAAGAUUUAUUUAUCGGCUUACGAACCCGAUUGAUUGGCUGGUAAGUGAACGCGCCGCGAACAUUUGCCGCUGUUCGGCUUAACAUCUGUCCACUCGUCAUAGCCAAUCAUAAUAAUCGGCAAAAUAAACUGCUACUAAAUUUCAAUUCUCACUUCCACUGCAACGCAUCGACAUGUGCAAUGAUGCAAGAGGGCCUACGCGUUUUCAAUGCUAAUUUACAUCCUCUUUUAUCCGUGAGGGUGUUGCGAGACAAACUGUCUGCUCCGUUUUGCGGUGUAAAUGUUCCCCGAGGGCACUUGAUCAGAACCGGAACCGUCAGUUGCAUGAAUGAUCUAAUAAUUUCAAUCGUAUAGUCAACCAUCAGCUUAGGGAUUUAUUUCACCCCCUCUACAUGCCGUAUCGCUUGCCCGGCCAUAGGGGGAGAGCUUGCGGCUAAUACAAAUGUUCCGGCACAUUUGACCCGAGAUCACCGCGACGAAUCUAGUUACACAUUGAUUUUUGGAACAGGGAUUAAAGGGGACUUGUAGGGACACCUCGUAAUGUUCCUGCUGUAAGGGAAAACGUUCGCAACGUUCGCUCAAAAGAUUAACCAGAGAAGCGAGGAUGGACCGCGAGGGGAAAGGAAAAAUAUAAAUUUAUGUUUGUAGGUCAGGAAAAACAAAUCUCUCGCCCUCGCGGCCCUUCAGACCAAGCGCGUGAUUGUCGUGGGAUAUAGCUAGCGGGGAAGGAAAAUCCAUCCCUUAUAUGAUCGGAUUUUCAAACAGGGAGGUGAGCACAACAAAAAACCACCCCAAGCUAUGUCCUUUCGUUUCGGUGUAAAACGAAAGAAUGAGAGAGAUAUAGAGAUUCUCUGACUCAGGUAAAAGCGGGAAAAGAAUAGAGAAAACAAACGAAAGAAUGAGACAACCCGAUAUUCAACGACGAGAGCAUGUGAACUUCGAUAGCUUGCGUUUGCUCAGGCUUGUCAAACUUUUUUUUUCUUUAUUGUUUUUAAAUAUUUUUUUUACUAAUUAUACGUUAGUGAGUAGAACAUACAUUUAUAUCAGCUCCUACUAAGCUAAUAUUGUUGCAAUCUUCCAAAUCAUUAAAAGGUAGUUCUGCUUCGAGCCGAGUAUCUCUUUAAAGUAAAUGUUGGUACUAAAGGAAAUUGAAUAUUAUCAAUUGAAAAAUGAAGUUUAAUUAAAUAAAUGCAUUAAAUUAAAUAUUAAAUUGUUUUUGAAUUUUAACUAAAUUAAAUAAAUUAUCAAUAAAAAAAGAAUGAGUAGUUAAAAGUACAACUGUAUGUAUUAUAAAAUAGUUAUUGUUACAAAUACCAAUUUCGGGGUUUAAAGUUACAUGAAACAGGUCGAAGACAUAUAUUAACCGAUUUCGUAAUUUUUUUCAAAUAAUUAUAAGGUUUUGGUGGAACAAUACAAAUAUUUAAAAAAAAAAACGUAUCAAAUCAAAACCCUCACGGCACCGGUUCCCCUCAUUGAUGCCGGCAGCUCAGAGAGACAGUCGGUUUGACAGUCCUGCGCUACUCUUCUAACCCGAGCACCCGAGCUUUCUCGCUCUAACCGCCCCGAGCACCGGUUUUCGCCGCGGGUUGUAUUUCGCUCGGCAUUACUCGUUGUUCCGUCGAAGAGAAGGGUGCGUGUACGUGUCCGUCGCGUUCGUCCGUCGAAUAUAUCGCGUCAAGUGCACGGUAGAGAGAAAGAUCGCUUCGUUAGGUUGGAUUUAUUUAUUAGAACACGGGCGAGGCUUCCCUAACCAACGAAAUCUAAGCCAAGCUAUUGUUGCAGUGAGUUUGCCAAGAGCUGCCAAGAGCAACGCCAAGUGUCUCCAGGCCGGUCAGGUGCCGAACACCGUGUACAAUUGUGUGACGUGCAGUGUGUCUAGUGUAAGCCGGCUUACUUAGGCCUAGUGGAAAAGAAACGGUAGUGAAGCGUGUGACAAUAAUCCUUAUCGUAAUACGCUCAUUAAAUUUGAAUAUUUGUUGGUUCUCACGAGUGUGUCGGUGGAAGAAAGUGCUUUUCGUGCGACGUGAAAUUGGAGUUGUACCGGUGUAGAAUUAUCAUUCGGUGGAUUACGUUGAUAGUUGUGAAAAUUUAUUCCAGUUUGUGUGUCUUCCCUCACUACGACGAGCGCAAAAGAGGGCCAGUUAAUAAUUUCCCAAAUUCUGCCGCUAUACAGCAUCGCAUAAUCUCACGAAAGCUCCGAUUCCGCGGGAAGUGAUAAAGAUAGUAGAUUAAUUGCUUGAUCGCGCAUCUUCGAUCGCAGGAAACGCUGUGUGGUUUGGUGGUUGUUUGUGUGAAAAGUAAAAAAAAAGGAAGAACUACCCAUGCCCCUAGGGCUGUGCAAGAGGAAGGAAAAACAACAUAUUGUCCGCGUGUAGUUCCAAGUGUGGUGUGUUUUGUUGGCCUUACGUCUGUGGCCAAUUGGCUGUGCCAAGGGUAGAGCGAAAAUAAAAAAAGCGGGCCAGCAUAGCCAGCACGAGAUUUGCCGUCGGCAAAUUGGGGAUACCGAACCGAUCUCGCUGGGUCUGCUGCUGCUGCGAGACGAUCGUGAUUUGAUUUCCGUGAAUCGAGGUUUACUGCAAUGCUUGCUGGCUAAACCCUGUGUUCCCUUCCCAACGGUGUGUUGAUUAGCAUUCGACGCGCCCGCUGUUGGUUGAUUAGGCGCAUUGCCGGCAAACAAGUGCAAAACACUCACGUGCCGUUUUUAACGAGGAAAACUAAUUACUUGACGAGAUAGAUUUUCCCAGCUGAGCGAAAAAGAAAAUUCGUGUCAUUACACCUGUAAUUUCGCAGUGCCGGGUGGUAUUGAUGUGCCGAAUCCGUAUGUAUCUGUUUGAGUGUGUGGCAGCAAACUGCCAUUCCUGAAAGAAAGUGGGUACGCUAACAACAAACAAAAUCCAUCCAGCCCUAGUGGAGCACGCCCGGUAGCUAACCAAUUCAUGAUGACGAGUGCGUUAGUGUGCAAAUGUGACCCGAAAUGUUUCGCCCGGUGACGGUGCAAUUGUGAAAGGCCAGUUUUUUUUAAAUAGUGCGCACGCAAUCGGUGCAAGAGGCUUGCGAUUGAGCCAGUAGGCGGUGCAUUUCGACGGUGCAACGCGCACCCAGUUUGAAAGCAAUUUCCCCCAAAAAAAUAUGACGGGAGGCCCUCGGGGCGGCUGUAGCGCGUGAAAGUGAAUUAAAGUGAGAUCGCUGUUGAGUGUGUGUGCGUGUGUGUUUGUGUGUGCGCGGUGCUAGUGAUGAAAUAUCUUGCCACGCUCAGUGUCCUUGCAAGCACCUUCGAAGGAGUAACUAUAGCACCCGGUGAUACGCUCUCACUGGACAGGAACCCGAUCCGACUGAAAGCCAGUCGCGCCUGAUAAGCAGUAGCAGCGCGGCCGCCGACGCGAACUAGCGUGGCGUCUGGGGUACGCAGGAACAACGCGCAACAGUGCUACGCAGCGAAGCCGCGCAGGAAAACGGCGAAAAGAUGGGAAUCGGCGACCUCCGCUCGUGGACCAGCGUCGUCGUCGUUAUUCUCACCCUCAUCUCAAUGGUAUCGUCAUCCGGCUUCUUUGAACUGCAAAUACUGGAGAUUUCAAACACCAACAGUCAUCUACUGUCAGGAUACUGCUGCGGUUUGCCACCGGAGAAACGACAGACCCAAACGACAGGAUGUCCGGCAUGCGCGACAGCGUUCAGCUUGUGCCUGAAGGAGUACCAGGGAACGACGUCAAGCGUACAGCAACAGCAGCAGCAGCUGAAACAGCCGGCCGUAGCCGUGGAACCGCAACCGUCCGGCCUUUACGGCUGUGCGUUCGGUAACGCCAGCACGCCGGUGCUGGGUGGGUCGAGCUUCGUCCUGACCGAUCCGGAAGUCGGUGGCAUCACAUUACCCUUCACCUUUCGCUGGACGAAAUCGUUCACACUUAUCCUACAAGCUUUAGAUAUGUACAACGAGUCAUAUUCAAUUUCAGAGCGGCUCAUAGACGAAACAUCAUUUUCCGGCGUUAUUCUACCGUCGCACGAUUGGAAUACAUUAGAUCACAUAGGCAAGAGCGCACGAAUAACGUACCGUGUACGUGUGCAGUGCGCUGAUAACUAUUACAACACGACCUGUACGACGUUUUGUCGGCCCCGAAACGAUCAGUUCGGGCACUAUACCUGCGGCAAGCAGGGCAACAAAGUGUGUAUGCCGGGCUGGCAGGGAGCUAACUGUGAGAAAGCAAUCUGCAAGCCGGGAUGUGACCAAAUACACGGCAAAUGUGACCAGCCGGGCGAGUGCGAAUGCCGACCCGGAUGGCGUGGUCCACUGUGUAACGAGUGCAUGGUGUACCCGGGCUGCCGCCACGGCUACUGCAACGGAAGUGCAUGGCAGUGCAUCUGUGAUACGAACUGGGGUGGAAUCCUCUGCGAUCAAGAUCUCAACUACUGCGGCACGCACGAGCCGUGCAUGCACGGUGGCACGUGUGAAAACACGGCACCGGACCAGUACCGGUGCACGUGCGCCGAAGGACUCUCGGGCACCCGGUGCGAAAUCGUCGAGCAUCCGUGCGCGCCUCAACCGUGCAAAAAUGGCGGCACUUGUACGCUAACCGGAAACGACAAAUCGGCUGCCGUCGCUUCCUCCACCGUUGCUUCCAUCGUAGUGCGCGGGAUGCGCGGCAUGUCUUCGAUGGGCAAACCGUUCGGACGCAGUGCUGCCGGUACGGGCGGCGGUUCCUCCGCCGGUUCCGGCUCCGGUACGCUCGACUCGAAGGAUCAAGCCAAGUCGGGCUCCUCGUCGUCUUCCGCUGGGCUUCCGGCACCAUCCGCCGGUGGUCCCCAGCCAAUGAAAGAUUUCGUCUGUACCUGUGCACCCGGAUGGACGGGGCCGACUUGUGAAAUAAAUAUCGACGAAUGUGCCGAUGCACCGUGCCGAAACGGUGGCACUUGUAUCGAUCUGAUCGGCAAGUUUCGCUGCGAAUGUCCACCACAGUGGACCGGAGACACCUGCCAGAACGAUGUCGAUGAAUGCGAGUCGAACGUUGCGUCCGGCCUGGGACCCUGUAUAAAUGCGGAAUCGUGUCGCAAUCUGCCCGGUUCGUUCCAGUGCACCUGCCUGGAGGGUUGGGGCGGUCCGACCUGCGCCAAGAAUCUGGACGACUGCGUUGGCAAGUGCAAGAAUGGCGCCACCUGUAUCGAUCUGGUCAACGAUUACCAUUGCGCUUGCGCCGUUGGAUAUACAGGUCGCGAUUGCAGCACCGACAUCAACGAGUGUGCCAACUUUCCCUGCCGUAACGGUGGCGAAUGUGUCGACUUCAUCGGUAACUUCAAGUGCAUCUGCCCGCUCGGAUUUUCGGGCACGCUGUGCGAGGAGGCCAAAGAUCAUUGCGUAUCGUCACCGUGUAUCGAGGGUCAGUGUUUGAACACGCCGGGCGGCUACUACUGUCACUGUCCUCCCGGUCGCGCAGGCCGUCACUGCGAGUUUCCGCGAGUACCCUGCGAAAAGGGUGGUCCCUGUGCAAACGAAGCUGGCUGCACGAUGCCAACCAGCAACGAUACGGCGAUCUCCGGCGGCCCAAUCGUGGUACCGAUUCCGUGCAGCGGCCGCGGCAAAUGUGAGUCCGGCCCGAUGGGGACGAGCUGUGUCUGCCAAAGCGGAUUUACCGGGCCAUUCUGUCAGCAUAAUGUCAACGAGUGCACCUCGAACCCGUGCGCCAACAAUGGCAUUUGCAUCGACGGUGAGGGAGACUAUUCGUGCGAGUGUCAGCCGGGCUGGACGGGGAAAACGUGCACGGAGCGGGCGAUCCAGUGUCUGCCCGGCCAGUGCCUCAACGGGGGCUCCUGCAUACCGUCCCAGUUCGGGGGAGCUCCGCACUGUCGCUGCACGCUCGGCUGGGGCGGUCCGUUCUGCAGCGAACCGCUCGACCAGUGCCAGGGCCAACCGUGCCACAAUGGGGGGACCUGCGAGUCCGGACCGGGCUGGUUCCGGUGUCUCUGUGCGAAGGGGUUUUCCGGCCCCGACUGCCGCAUUAACGUGAACGAAUGUUCGCCCCAGCCGUGCCUGGGUGGGGCAACGUGCAAGGACGGCAUCGGAGGAUUCACCUGCAUCUGUCCGGUCGGGCGGCGUGGUGUGCGGUGUGAGAUUCUGCUCUCCGAUCCUUCGUCCGUGUGCUCAAACACGACCACCAACUCGCCGUACGAUCCACUGGUCAGCAGUGAUUCGCUCAGCAAACCGAAGGAUGGUGGUGCUGCUGCGUCACAAGCGCCAUCCGAUGAAACGAACUGCAAUUCGUGCAUCUGCGUGAACGGGAAACCGCGCUGCUCGAACCUUUGGUGCGGGUUGAACAACUGUCUAAACCGGAACCAGUCCAGCGGGGUCGGAUCGGGUUGCGAAAGCCACCAGGUGUGUGUGCCGACAUCGCAAGAAUCCUGCCUAACGCCACCGUGCCAACCGCGGGGUGAUUGCCGUACGUUUGAGCCAUCCAGACGGGUGGCGCCUCCUAAGAUACCGGCCCCGACCGACUGCUGGCCAAAUCAGGCUACGCUUGGAACGGCCUGUGCCCGCAUUUCGAUACUGCUCGAGUUGAACCGACUCGUCCGGGGCACCUCGGUGGACGGACUGUGCCAUCUGCUCCGGCUGCAGCUCGGCGAAAAGCUGAUCAAAAAUCCGUCCUUUGACGUGUCCGUCUUCAUAGUCGUACUGUGUGAUCUCAAAGCUGGAACCAACGACACGAUUGAAGUGACACUGUCAACCCCUACCGAUCCCGUCGGUGGUGCCUCGAGCCUAACGGAGGCGGUACGCCUGCUGGCGGAAAUACUCUCCCGCCAGCAGGGCGUCCAGAACGAUUCCUUCCAGACGGAUCUGGUCGAGGCCGCCCCGCUCACCUCGAUACUGGAGGUGAAGGUCGAAACGGCCCUGGUGAACGAGGGCAGCACCGGCUCCAACUACCUGAUCGCGGUCGGCUUUGGCAUCGCGAUCGUGGCCCUCUGUCUCGGUGCCGUCGUAGCGUUGCUCUGGCGCCAGAAGGUGCACUCGCACAGCGGCUCCGGCACGAACCUGUCGCCCCAUCUCGACCUGUCCCGCGGCAUGGACGAGGAAAAGUCCAACAAUCUGCAGAACGAGGAAAACUUUCGCCGCUACGCGAACCCGCUCAAGGCGAGCUCGAGUUCGCUGCGCGGCGCGAUGGAGCUGAGCUUAAACCCGGCGCCGGAGAUUAACCAGAUCGCCGGCCCCAGCUCGGUGCAUCACCGAUCGCAGCAGCUCUACCCGCCCUGCACGCCGGACGGCGCCGAGUUCGAGAAGGAUCCGGACAAGCAGAAGGCGGCCAACCGCAACUCGCACAUACUGCUGCACAAAACGCAGAACGCCGACAUCAUGACGAAAAACAUUGUCGGCGCGAUCGACAGCCAGCACAAAGACUUUGGCAAGCGAUCGAUCAACGAUCACACCGCAUCGUCGGCGGCGGCGAACGUGAGCGGCGUGGCCGCCAGCGGGACGCAGUCCGUCGGUGCGACCAGUGGGACAGUGGCGGCACACCCCGUGCCGGACGCCCCGGCCGCCGGCAGUACGCUGGCGCCCGAAUCGGACGUCCUGACGGUGCACGUGUAGGUGUGGCUGAUGGCCCGUGUCCAUCACGCUGCUACAAGCAAUCCUUAGCCUAAAUAGUAUCGCUCAAGAGCACACUGGAUGAUAAGGGGAGCACCAGAAGAUCGACAGUUCAUUAUUUUAUUAGCUUAUUUUUAUACAUGAGUAACUAAUUUAUUAUUCGCCAAUGCGCUUCGCUCGUUUGUUAACUGUCUGUCUCGUCUAUCUAGUGCUUUGUUGUACAUAGCUCUAUCCCCCAUUACACGAAGUAGAGCCGCAAUCGAAAGGAGGGCAAUCGCGGAACAUUUCCAUAUUCGGCGAUAUUCUUACGUUCGGACAUCCCUUAGGCAGGAGAGCAAAAACGCCCAUUUUUGUUGCUGUGCAAGUACACGUCAUCAACCGCAUUGCACUGCACGAGCUCGUACGCACAAUCCCGAGCUAGUUAGACGCUAGUGACGGCUUGUUAGCCAGCAAAUGUAAAAGAAAGGACGAUAGAGCAGGCUGUUGAACGAAUUCUCUUCUUCCGAAACACACGGUUUCAGAUUCUCACGCGAUCGAUUCCACACGCGUAUAUACUACACCGUAUGCCUUCUAGCUCAAGCAUUAUUUCCUACGAGCCGUACGAGUGGGGAAAACACUUCUGCCCCUCCUGUGUAGCAGUGUCCAACGAAGUGGCACAUCCUUUGCUUGGACAGAAGAGUUAAAUUGUAAUGUGAUAUUAAAUAAGGGAAUCCAGCGAGGGAUAGAGAGUUGUUUUUUUUUGUAUUUGUUCGCCUUUAGGGAUAGCAUUUAGGGCCAUCUAGAGAGUAGGUACGUGCGAAAAAGGGCCAACCCCAUUUUCUAACCUUUGCCCACAAAACACAAAUCUAGGCUCACGCGGUAGCGAUUCAACGCGAUCAGUCGGCAAGCGGUUGGCCAGUGACAUCCCCCAACGAUCACUAACGGCCAACUAUCUUCUGCCUGCCAUUAUGCCGUUUUUGUUUGUUUGAUCUGUUUUAUCGCGAAACCCCCGAACAAGGGCUCGGGAAAUUGUACAUGGGAGCGCUGGCAUACUAGUUAGGGCUAGGUUUUAGCGGAAUAAAUAGUUCCUUGUUUAGUGUUGUUUGUGAGUGUACAAUUAAGUAGCAAGCAGAGUAGGUUUAUACAUUAAGGGAAGUUGAGAGCGCAUUCCAGCAGCAGCAGCAGCAGUAGCAGAAGAAGAAGAAGCAGCAACAUGUACAUUAUUGCAAAACUCGAAAACAUUAACUCAAAACUAUGACAAAAUGUACUCAAUAUUAUUUAAAUGCGUAGCGUAGGGCAAAAUUGCAGAGGAAUAGAGAAAAAAGUGGAUCAAACGAACGAUUGUGUGCAGAUUGUGUAAAUAUUGUAAAAAAGACAACAAAGAUUUGUGAGCGAAACGACCAUAAAACAACGAAGGAAUCUCGUCAAAAUGCCGUCAAUUUUAAAAAAGUACACACAGUGCGGUAUGGUUUAAGGAACAAUCAAACGGCCAAUCCCGAUAGGAAGGAAGGAAGGUAAAACGUUUAGAAAAGAAAGUAGAGACAUCACACAAUAACACAACACAUUCCAUUUUAACGACAAACAAACGGUCACGAAUGCGUACGUGGCCCGCCCAGCGUCAUACGAUCGGUAGUACAUAGUACUUAAAGCUUAAGACGUCUCAGUCCCCACUUUCCGGAAGGGGGGCUAGCAGACUCGUUAUUACAUUUCAUCUGUUCAUCGUUUCAUUAUCGUUCAUCCUCUCAUGCAAACGGCAUCACAAACAAGUAGCAAAACAAACAAACAAACGAUCAGCACUAGGAAGAAGCAUCAGGCAAUCCGAGGUAACGUGAGAAGCAAAUGGGCACACAAGGAUGUGCAGAAAACAGGAAGCAAUAAACAUAUUAUGAAAUUGAAAAUUCAAA